AUGGCUUCCAUGGUAAUUAGCUGCGUUACGAAGUUACCUGUGAGUAGAGUUGGGGUUAUUUCGAUUAGUGUCCGUGGUAAAACAGCUACAGCUCAAGAAGAACUAAAGAAGCCACAGAAAACAACAUUUGGUCCACUGAAAGAUGAAGACCGUAUUUUUACAAAUCUUUAUGGCAGAUAUGAUUUCCGACUAAAAUCAGCAAUGAAACUUGGUGAUUGGUAUAAGACGAAAGAAGUGUUACUAAAAGGUCAGGACUGGAUUAUCAAAGAAAUGAGUGCGUCAGGUAUGAGAGGUCGUGGUGGCGCUGGUUUUCCAACGGGUAUAAAGUGGAGUUUCAUGAAACGUCCAUUCGAUGGCAGGCCGAAAUACUUAUGCAUAAAUGCAGACGAAGGAGAACCAGGAACAUGUAAAGAUCGUGAAGUGAUACGUCAUCAUCCACAUAAAUUGAUCGAAGGUGCUCUGAUUGCUGGUUAUGCAAUGGGCGCUCGUGCUGCUUAUAUUUAUAUAAGAGGAGAAUUCUAUAAUGAAGCUUGUAUAUUACAAGAAGCUAUACAUGAAGCUUAUAAAGCUGGAUUUAUUGGCAAAAAUAGUUGUGAUACAGGCUAUAGCUUCGACGUAUUCGUUCAUCGAGGUGCUGGAGCCUAUAUAUGUGGUGAAGAAACAGCUUUAAUAGAGUCUAUCGAAGGCAAACAGGGUAAACCGCGUCUGAAACCACCAUUUCCAGCUGAUAUCGGCUUAUUUGGAUGUCCAACUACAGUAAAUAAUAUUGAGACCAUUGCUUCAGCACCUGCCAUAUGUAAACGUGGAGCUAAGUGGUAUUCUUCAUUUGGACGUGAACGCAAUCAUGGAACAAAGCUUUAUUGUAUAUCGGGACAUGUCGUGAAUCCAUGCACUGUUGAAGAGGAAAUGUCUAUUCCACUCAAAGAAUUAAUCGAGCGACACUGUGGAGGUGUAAUCGGUGGUUGGGAUAAUCUGAUGGCUAUAAUACCGGGUGGUUCAUCAGUUCCAAUGAUUCCUAAAGAUAUUUGCGAAACAGUUCUUAUGGAUUACGACGCUUUGGUCGCUGUACAAACUGGUUUGGGUACCGCAGCGGUAAUUGUUAUGAAUAAGGAAGUUGAUAUUGUGAAGUGUAUUGCCAGACUUUCACAUUUUUAUCGACACGAAAGUUGUGGACAGUGCACUCCGUGUCGGGAAGGAACCAAAUGGUUGAACUCUGUGAUGUGGCGAUUUGUGAAAGGUCAAGCAAAAUCUAGUGAAAUCGAUAGUUUAUGGGAAAUAAGUAAACAAAUUGAAGCGCAUACAAUUUGCGCCCUUGGUGAUGCAGCAGCAUGGCCUGUACAGGGUUUAAUUCGCCAUUUCCGACCGGAAAUAGAGCAUCGCAUAUCUGAAUAUCAAGCUAAAAAUGCGAACAAGGAGCUGCCACGCACUAUUUGUGAUUUCGCCUAA